AGUGUAUGUGUGCAUUGUCGCACAACGCUCAACGCUCAACACAAAAAUUAUUGCGUUUGUUUUACUGUCACACACAGACACACACAGACGCACACGCACACAGGUACAAGCGCAUGUUCUUCAUUGCACGAUAGAAAUCGCACUUGACAUUUAGCCCAUCGCUGAGUAUCACUCGAAAUGAGAAUCAGCUUUCUGCUAAAUACAUGUGGCGCGGCCGCUACUGUAAACAUUGACAUCGAUGAAAACAUUGCCAACUUUUUUCUUUCAUAAAAAUAUUUUUCGCAUGAAAAGACAAUUCUUCCUAAUAUUUUCUUCCUAAAAAAUUCUUCUUUAAAAAAAUGAACAGAAAAAAUGAAAACAUGAAAAAAAACCUAUGAAAAAUUAAAUGAAAUCGGUGAAAAGACUUCAUUUUCACCUGAUUCGAAUCCAAAUUGAAUUUCAAGUAACUCAAAUGAUACUCAGGCGUAAGUACGCGAUUCGAUGCCAAUCAUUCUGGACUUGACGUUUCGUUCACACAUGUGACACAAGCCGUAUUGUUUGACAGCUCUCGCAUUGAAUGGCUGAAACAGUUCAACUUCACAGACGUUUGUAGUUACAAUAGAGACCCGGCUACACUCAAUUCGAACCAAAAAAUCCAUUUUUUUAAUCGAAUAUCAUCGGCGUGAAAAUUGUUUAAAAUUGCAUAAAAAACCAUGGUUUCGUUUCCCGGAAGCAUUGCAUUCGAUGAAUUCGGCAAGCCUUUCAUCAUUUUACGUGAUCAAGACCAACAAAAGCGUCUCACAGGGAACGAUGCAAUUAAGAGUCACAUUCAAGCGGGAAAACAAAUUUCAUCCACGCUGAAAACAUCGCUCGGUCCAAAGGGUUUGGACAAAAUGAUGGUGAGCAGCGAUGGUGAUGUCACAGUCACAAAUGACGGUGCCACCAUUCUGAAAAUGAUGGAUGUUGAACAUGAAAUUGGCAAAUUGAUGGUACAAUUGAGUCAAUCGCAAGACGAUGAAAUCGGUGACGGUACAACCGGUGUUGUUGUAUUGGCGGGCGCUCUAUUGGAUCAAGCCGAAGCUCUGCUCGAUCGUGGCAUUCAUCCCAUUCGCAUUGCGGACGGUUUUGAAUUGGCCGCACAGUGUGCGGUUAAAUGUUUGGAUAGCAUCGCCGAACCAUUCCCAGUUGCAUUGAACGAUACAGAACCAUUGGUACGCGUUGCUAUGACCACACUCGGUAGCAAAAUCAUCAAUAAAUGCCAUCGUCAAAUGGCCGAAAUUGCUGUCAAUGCGGUUCUUACGGUUGCUGAUUUGGAAAAGAAAGAUGUCAACUUUGAGUUGAUUAAAAUCGAAGGCAAAGUUGGCGGUCGCAUGGAAGACACAAUGCUUGUGAAAGGUGUGGUUUUAGACAAAACAAUGAGUCAUCCACAAAUGCCAAAGAGCAUGAAGGAUGUAAAAAUGGCGAUAUUGACCUGUCCAUUUGAACCACCAAAGCCAAAGACCAAGCAUAAGUUGGAUGUUAAAUCGGCCGAAGACUACAAAUUGUUGCGUGCAUACGAAGCGGAAAAAUUCGAAACGAUGGUGAAGCAAGUGAAAGAGGCCGGUGCCACAUUAGCCAUCUGCCAAUGGGGUUUCGACGAUGAAGCCAAUCAUUUGUUGUUACAACACAAUUUGCCAGCCGUUCGAUGGGUGGGUGGACCGGAAAUUGAAUUGAUUGCAAUUGCAACGGGUGGUCGUAUUGUGCCACGUUUCGAAGAGUUGAGCGCCGAUAAGUUGGGCUAUGCGGGUACCGUACGUGAAUUGGCAUUCGGUACGACAAAAGAUAAAAUGCUUGUGAUUGAAGAUUGCAAGAAUACAAAGGCGGUCACCAUUUUGAUUCGUGGCGGUAAUCAAAUGAUCAUUGCCGAAGCAAAACGUUCCAUUCAUGAUGCAUUGUGUGUGGUGCGUUCGUUGAUCAAGGAUUCGCGUAUUGUGUACGGUGGUGGUGCAGCUGAAAUUGCAUGCUCAUUGGCCGUGGCCAAAGAGGCCGAUCAAUUGUCAUCACUUGAACAGUAUGCAUUUAGAUCGUUCAGUGUUGCACUCGAAGCGAUUCCAUUGGCAUUGGCCGAAAAUAGUGGCUUAGCACCGAUUGAAACAUUGUCCGAAUUGAAAUCACGACAUGUCAACGAAAAGUGCACAUCAUUGGGUGUGGAUUGCAUGUUGAGCGGCGAAUCUGAUAUGAAGAAACAUCAUGUCAUCGAAUCAUUGCACUCGAAGAAACAACAACUCAUUUUGGCCACACAACUCGUCAAAAUGAUCCUGAAAAUCGACGAUGUUCGCUCACCACAAGAUAGUCACGGUCAUGGAUACUAAUCACAUAUAAACACCACAAGAUAGUCACGGUCAUGGAUACUAAUCACAUAUAAACACCACAACACACUAGCAUCUCGUUUUACCAUUAACAAGCCAGCGAAACAACUACACUCAUCAAUGAUAGAAACAACAAAAUCUUCUCUUGAUUUUCAUUUUUAGCCUCAUAUGCUGAACAGUAUCACACAAACCAACACACUCUUUUGUCUCAAGUCAUUUUGGUUCGAUGACAACCGUACUUUUUUUUCUCUGAGUUAUGUUUAAAACACUUAAUCAAUUUUCGUUCUAAUAAAAUCUACCACUAUAUUUUUGCUUAACAAUCAUUGAGAAAA